CAAAAGUUAACCAUCUUGAUCAGAUUAUUUCUGUAUAAAAAUUUUAAAAUAUUAAAUAUUACAAAAAAAUACCCUUUAAAAUGGAUUCAGGUGUUCGUUCACAGGAUGAGUGUAUAAGAAAAAUUGAAGACAUAAUAGAUAUACAGAAAGCGAGAGGGAAUUACAACGUCCGGCAAGUGGCAUUCAACUUGCCGUCAGAAACUGGUAGCGCGGUCUUUACAAACUUAGCGAGAAGCUUGGAAUCUGGUUUAUCCGAGCCCAAACAAGAAUACGCCUGUAAAAAGUCUAUAAAGUUUAGAACUAGACGACAUAAGAGCCCCGUGCCAGACGUGACAUCGUGGCCGAGUGAUUCAGAUAUCACGGUGCUAAGAAUGAAACUCUGUUUGAAGAAUAACGAUUUGAAAGAAAACGUAGCGACUGCGAUUCCUGGUGACGGUCUUCAUCAGUCGGACAGUUCGUCUAUGGUUAACUUAGCUACGCUCGUACUGCAGUCGCAGCAUCCUUCAAAACAUAGCGUUAACAUCGAAGAAUAUCUUCUACCAUUGACUUCUUGGGAACAGACUCAGGACCAAGAAAUCAAGGUAAAAGAUCUGCAAGAAGAACAAGCUAGUGAUUAUUUAAGACAAUUAAACGGCGAAGUUAAAUUGUAUGAAGCGAUGUGUAGUUAUAAAAACAACGACGACUUGAAUUUACCAGACAGAGAGAUUUUUAGAAGAAACAAAAAAUCCAGAGUGGCAAGAUUUUUAAGACUUUAUUUUUGUCCUUGCUGUACAUGUCUUUAUAAAAUUGAGAGAAGGCGUGACGAAUCAUCGGCGUGUUUUACUAAACGCAAGGAAUGUAAAUAAAUUAUUAAGUGUUACAUGAUGGUCGAAUGCAUGAAAUUAUUGAUUGACAUUUGUU